AUGAAGAAAACAAAUAGUAAAAAUCAAGCAUAUGCUUCUAGUCAAGAAGACAGUGAAAAUGAUAGUGAUGAAACUGAAUGUAGUAUUGGCAGCAAUUCAACUGCUGGUACUCAUCGCAGUGAUACACCUACCCGCAGUGCUCGUUAUAAAAGAAAAGGUCGGCGUAGAAGUAAAACAGCAAAAUAUAAACCAUGUACAGACAAGCCUCUUUACAAAUAUUGCUGCAGUGUUAAAGAAGAUCAUGGACAGCCAUUGUUUGGAGUACAAUUUAAUCAUCAUUUAAAAGAAGAUGGAGGAAGUAUCAGAUUACGUCAGUGUUAUGCAGAUCCUGAUCCGGAAGAAAAUUUUUACACUUGUACUUGGACUUAUGAUGAUUCUGGGAAACCUUUAUUAGCAGUUGCUGGAUCACGUGGUGUUGUAAGAGUUAUUAGUCCUGUAACUAUGACUUGCAUCAAACAUUAUAUUGGACAUGGUCAUGCAAUAAAUGAAUUAAAAAUUCAUCCUAGAGAUCCAAACAUAUUACUUUCAGCAUCAAAAGAUCAUGCUCUUAGAUUAUGGAAUAUAAAAACUGAUGUAUGCAUAGCAAUAUUUGGUGGUGUUGAAGGUCAUAGAGAUGAAGUCUUAAGUGCUGACUUUGAUAUGAAAGGAGAACGUAUUAUUUCAUGUGGCAUGGAUCAUGCUCUAAAACUAUGGUCAUUGGAUAAGGCAGAUAUGCAAGAAGCAAUAAAGCAGUCUUACUAUUGUAACCCUAGUCGUAAUGGAAGACCUUUUGAUUCGAUACUUCAACACUUUCCAGAUUUUACUACACGGGAUGUUCAUCGUAACUAUGUUGAUUGCGUUAAAUGGUAUGGUGACUUCAUCUUAAGUAAAUCUUGUGAAAAUUGUAUUGUUUGUUGGAAACCAGGACGCCUUGAAGAUUCUCAAUUACGCAGUGGAGAAACAAGCGCUACAGUUUUACAUAGGUUUGAGUUUAAGGAAUGUGAUAUAUGGUUUAUACGAUUUUCAAUGGAUUUUUGCCAACGUACAAUAGCUUUAGGAAAUCAAGUGGGUAGAACAUAUGUGUGGGACUUAGAAGUUGAUGAACCUGGUCAAGCACGCUGUUAUUCACUGCAGCAUCCGCGAUGUACUGCACCUAUACGUCAAACAAGUUUAAGCAGAGAUGGUUCAGUUUUGUUAUGUGUUUGUGAUGAUGCUACUGUAUGGAGAUGGAAUCGUGAACAUUAAUAUCUCCAUAAUACAUACAAUGGUGCCUUUUUAUAUUUACGUAACAUACUGUAGUAGAUGCUUAUUACUGCCUUUAUAAUUACUAUAAAUAGUAAAUUGUAAAUUUAUAACAGCGUAUAUUUAUAAAGUAAUUAUAAUUGCUCUAUUCAUAAGUAAUUUAUGAAAAAUUAGAAUUUAGAUAUUUAUAUAUUUUAUUACUAAUUAUAAUACCCUCUUUAUAAAAAAAUGUGGAGCUAGUUUUUUAUACGUGGAACUGUAUCAAAAGGAAUUUGAAGAAUUACAUUAUGUUGUAUUCAUAGCAAUUUUAGAAAGCUUUAUAUACCUCUAUAUGGCUCUAAUUCUUCAUACAUAAUAUUUUGUGCAUUAGUAUAAUUAUUUCACAAAAUAAAGUUAUUUUGUACAAAUAUUUAA